AGAGGGAGAGAGAGACACACACAAGUCAAUGGGGUUGUUUUCUGCCUUGGGACUGCUACUCUGCCUCUGCAUGGGGCUCUCGGAGGGGGGCAAAAUCCUGGUCGCCCCCGUGGAUGGGAGCCACUGGUUGAGCAUGAAGAUUUUGGUAAAAGAACUGGUCGCUAGAGGACACGAAGUAAUAGUUCUAGUCCCAGAAACCAGUUUAUUGAUCAAGGGCUCACAGAGUUUCAGCACUGUCAUGUACAAAGUGCCUUACACCAAAGAAGAACUGGAUGCCAAAAUGAACGAACUGAGGAAAGGGCUCUUUAAGCCUCCACAGUUAUUGGAUUUGAUGGAAAACGUAAAUCGCUUGGUGAAUUUUACAACGCUACAAGCCAAAGGAUGUGAGAGUUUAUUACAAAACCGAGAACUCAUGAAUCAGCUAAGAGAGGAACGAUUUGAAGUGCUACUGACUGACCCUUUCUUGCCUUGCGGAUCAUUGCUUUCACAUUUGUUUUCUAUCCCAGCUGUGUACUUUUUGCGUGGACUCCCCUGUCAGUUGGACACUAGGGCUAACCAAUGCCCCUCCCCUCCAUCCUUUAUCCCAAUUUACUACUCAGACAACACAGAUAGAAUGAAUUUCCCCCAAAGAGUGAAAAAUACGCUGCUUUACGCCUUGGAGACAUACUUAUGCACUGUUAUGUAUGCUAGUUUUGAUGAUCUGGUCAGUAGAUAUAUUGACAAGGACAUGACUUAUGAAAGACUACUAGGUGAAGGGGCAAUAUGGCUGCUCAGAUAUGACUUCACCUUUGAAUGGCCAAGGCCUAUCAUGCCCAAUAUGGUGUUUAUUGGAGGGAUCAACUGUGCAAAGAAAGCUCCCCUGCCUGCGGAUUUGGAGGAGUUUGUAGAGGGAUCUGGAGAGGAUGGCUUCAUUGUGUUUACUUUGGGAUCAAUGGUGUCCAACAUGCCCAAGGAAAUUGCAAAACUUUUCUUUGAUGCCUUCAGACAAAUACCUCAGAGGGUUUUAUGGAGAUAUGAAGGGGAAAUACCUGCAGAUGCCCCGAAGAAUGUAAAGGUUUUGAAAUGGUUGCCGCAAAAUGACUUGUUGGCUCACCCCAAAGCCCGAGUGUUCAUGACCCACGGUGGCACGCACGGCAUGUACGAGGGUAUCUGUAACGGAGUGCCUAUGCUCAUGUUCCCCCUGUUCGGAGACCAGCGAGACAACGUGCAUCGCAUGGUGUCCAAAGGGGUGGCAGAACAACUCCUCAUAUAUGACCUGACCACUGACGCCAUAGUCACUGGACUGACAAAACUGAUCCAUGAUAAGAGUUACCAUGACAACAUAAAAAGGUUAUCAGACCUGCAUAACGACCGCCCUGUUUCGCCGUUGGACCUGGCCGUGUUUUGGACUGAGUUUGUGAUGAGGCAUAAUGGAGCCGAUCACCUCCGGGUGGCAGCACAUGACCUCAACUGGAUCCAGUACUUCUGCCUGGACGUCCUAGCCUUUUUAGCCCUCAUUGUAAUUACUGUUGUGUGGCUGACAGUUAAAUGCUGCUUAUUCUGCACCAGGAAAUGUUGCAGAAGGACAGCAAAAAAGAAGCAAGCCUAGUCUUUUAAAGUUUUAUUAAUUUUGUGCAAAUAUGAUUGUAUUUUCUAAGUGUUUCUCAAUCUCAAAAGCACUGGGGAUUUUAUUUUAUUUUUUUAAAAUGUUGGUUUAUAUUGAUCAAUAAAACGAACAUUUUGUAAUUUU